AUGGCCGCGAACUCUACGUUGAACGGCCAAAGCUCUACGGAUUGGCUGCUUGGCACUGAAGCCAAUGAGCCUCUCAACACGGACCACAUAGACGAAUCCGACGCCGAUCAGCUGCACACGAGACGCGGCGCGAAAGCUCAACGAGACGACCGCUCCCCACUCCUGCACUCGAGGACCUGUGGCUGUAGUAAAACGACAGGCAGGAAUCUUAUCGUGUGUAUCGACGGCACCUCGAAUCAGUUCGGCGAGAAGAAUACCAAUGUCAUCGAGCUCUAUAGUCUCAUACAGAAGGGAGAGAGCGACGGCCAGCUGACGUGGUACAAUAGCGGGAUCGGAACGUAUGCCCGGCCGUCAUGGAAGUCAUUGUCGUGGUACAAGCAAGUACUUGCUCACAAGAUAGACCUUGCCAUUGCGUGGAACUUCGAAAGCAUCGUCCUGGACGCUUACCGCUGGCUCUCAGAGACAUACAAGGACGGCGACUGCAUCUAUCUCUUUGGCUUUUCUCGCGGGGCGUAUCAAGUCCGAACAUUGUCCGCGAUGAUAGAGAAGGUUGGACUCAUUCAUCGCGGCAACGAAAAGCAGAUACCUUUCGCCUAUCAAUGGUAUUCCGACCCUGACAGCGACCUCCCCAUCACGGAGGAACCUCCGUCCAACGCCGAUGCAGGGCGUUCGCCGGCUUCCUCUCCCGACUUGCACGACUCAAGACCAUCUUCGCCUUCACCUCAUGAAUCGGAAGCGCCCACUUCGUCACAGUCAAAAGCAGAACCGAGUCUCAUACGCACGGCCAAACGGUUCAAGCAGGUGUUCUCGCGCAACGUGAAGGUGCAUUUUGUUGGCGCAUGGGAUACCGUAUCGUCGAUCGGGAUCGUACGCGGUAGGAAGCUUCUUCCCGGAACCAUCGACGGCAUGAAUUACGUCUGCUACUUUCGACACGCCCUCGCACUGGACGAACGCCGAGUCAAGUUCCUUCCUGAGUACGCUCAUGGGGGAAGGUCCAAGGGACAUGGCGAUCACGCCGAUGCGAACCAUACAAAAGAGGUCUGGUUUGCAGGGACGCACUCAGACAUAGGCGGUGGAAACGUGGAGAAUCGGAGUCUCGAUCGCACACGUCCAUCUCUCAGAUGGAUGUUCUCCGAGGCGUCUGCAGCCGGACUUCAUCUUGACCCUCUCCAGCUCAAUCGCAAAGAUGUCGAAGAUAUCAAGGUCAACGAAUCCUUGACUGGCAUUUUCUGGUGGCUAUUGGAGUACCUGCCGUUGCGGCGCUUGACGUACUUUGCGGAGACUGAGGAGGCGGGCAAAGAUACAACCCAUCAACCGCACGCAGGUGGGGUGCGCGUUAUUCAAGAAGGGCAAAAAAUCCAUCCAUCUGUCUGGCGCUCCAAGUACCUUGGCACCGAUUACAUCCCGCGUGCUCGCUUGUACUCACGAGAUACAGGCUUUUGGGACCAACUUAAGCUGAAGGACGGGGAAGGACCUCAACCCGAUGGGACCGAACGCAACCCGUGGAGGGAGGUCGAUCUGUAUGACAUGGUAGAACACCUUGUCCGGCAAUAUACCAGCUACGACUCGGUACAGAAGGAUAACGAUACACAGCGCAGUCAGCUAGAGGCCAUUCGCAGUCACGUCAGAUCAGGCGAGGGUCAGAAAGCGGUCGUCCGCGAGUUAUACAAGCGGCUAGAGCUUGCGAGGGCUCAUGCUGACAAGAAUCCUGAACCGAAGCUUCUCAAUUGCUCGAUUCUUUGCAGGAUCUUACAGGUCGUGUUGGAGGCCUCGGACAUUAGUCGUCAAGCCAAGGCUAUUUCCCCGUACAGAACCUUGCGAGCAUUGAUGCUGCGACACCUCGCGGGGGCGAACCACGAUGAACUUCGGGUCGCAAAGCAAUUCUUACUGCAGUUCACAGAUACCGUGCAAGUUUUGACUGGUCAUGACCGACCCAUCCUCUCGGUCGCGUUUUCGCCUGACGGCCAGCGCAUCGCCUCGGGCUCGUACGACGACAUGGUCAGAAUCUGGGAUGGGAGGACUGGAGAGACGGUGGGGAAGCCAUUCGGGCACGAUGACGAUGUGAACUCUGUCGCAUUCUCCCCAGACGGCAAGCACGUCGUCUCGGGCUCAGACGAUUGUACCGUUCGAGUCUGGGAUGUGGAGAAUGGACAGGUAGUGGGUAAGCCGUUUGAAGGGCACACUGAUUGGGUUCGGUCCGUUGCGUUCUCGCCAGAUGGGCAGCGCAUCGUCUCGGGCUCGGAAGACGGUACGCUUCGAAUAUGGGAUGCGAGGACGGGGCAGACGGUCGGAGAGCCGUUGAAGGGGCACACUAGCUUUAUCAUGUCUGUCGCGUUUUCUCCAGAUGGCACGCGCGUCGUCUCGGGCUCUCACGAUAACACCGUCCGGAUAUGGAACGUCAAAACGGGCCAAAUAGUGGGAGACCCGCUCGAGGGGCAUACCGACAUGGUCUUCUCCGUCGCAUUCUCGCAGGACGGCACGCGCGUCGUCUCUGGCUCGCGCGACAAUACGCUCAGGAUCUGGAACUCGGAGACGGGAAAGGUUGUGGGGAAGCCAUUCGAGGGGCACCGCGGCAUUGUCUUCUCCGUCGCAUUCUCGCCGAACGGUCUGCACGUCGUUUCGGGUUCGGACGACUGUACAGUUCGGAUCUGGGAUGUAGAAACGGGAGAGAUGGUGGGGAAGCCGUAUGAAGGGCACACUAGCGAUGUCACGUCCGUUGCGUUCUCCCCGGAUGGUACGCGCGUCGUGUCGGGGUCGUGGGACAGGACGAUUCGGAUCUGGGACGUAUUGGAGCCAUUGCUGCCGCAGUCCCAGGAGAUAGAUGUCCAUGGGAACGCCGUUGCCGGACGCGGCAAUUCAGCAUAA